AUGGAACCUAUCAAAAAGGAAAAAGUGGCUUUUUGUCAGUUAACUGAUGCAGCGACAGUUCCUAAAUAUUUAUGGCCAUUAAGUGGACAGACAAACGGCUUUGAAGUUGUGCACAGUCAAGAUGGUAUUAGUCCAAAUUUAACAGAUUGUCCGCCUGUUGGACCUGGUCAUCCGACUCUAGGAUAUACAUCCUUAUAUUUUGAUGGAACUCAGUAUGUAGAUGUUGCGAUACCAAGUGACCCAACUAUCAAAGAUUCAGUUUUUACAGCAUUUAUCAAGUCCGACAACGGUAAUGGAUUUAUAUUUCAUUACCGUGCUGAUGAUCAAAACACUGGUGAUUUUAUCAAUAAUAUGUAUGUGCAACUAACGUCGGGGAAUGUCUUUGCUAAGAUGGAUGUAACUACAUCUGGCGUUACGUCUAAAGACAUACCAAGAAGCGGGCAGGGGCCGUAUAGUAUUGUUACAGACCAAUGGACGAUGAUAGCAUUUUUAAAUAAUUUCAAUGCUAGUGUGGUAUCUUUAUACAUUGAUGUUCUACGAGAAAAUAGCAGUUAUCCCACAUACAAAUUUCCUUUACAAACUCCUGGAGUACUUCGAUUUGGUGGCGGUCAGAGCCCCGCACCAUUAUAUGGAUUCACGGGAUUUAUUACAGGCGCUGCUUUAUAUAAUACAGCUUCAGAUAUGAACGUGAUGGAUCUUCUUCAGAAUGUAAAUUCGAAUAAGUGGCCAUCGACCCCACCAGACCGUUUUGUCCGCUUACGUGAAAUUCGAUUGAGGAAUUUCCAGAAAUCUGAAACAAAGGACGAACUUCAUGUACGUAACAUUUGUACAUUGCCUUUUAAGUUGCAGGAAAACCCCUCCAACUAG